GCUGAAAUUCCCAUAGUUUGUAAAGAGAGCGAUGUGCCCGUAACACCACAAAAACCAGAAACAAAACGUGAUUUUUUAAUUUAAUUUUUUGGAAGGAAUUUAGCUGCUUUAACCAAAUAAAAUGGAGAUGAUGCAAGGAGCCUCCCUGCUGUCGCGACCGGCAGAUGAAUUUGGCAACGACUCACUGGUGGAGGAAAUGUGGGCAUCCAAAGCUCUGGAGCAUGCCGAGGUUCAUUUCAACCUGAUCACCAGCGUUCAUCCCUCCCAGCUGAAGCUCACGCCCUACGACGACCAGAUAUAUGCCACCUUCCGGCAGGAUUUCCCAGAUCUUCAGGUGGGCCGGCUCAGCGAUGACAUCCUCAAAUCCGCCGUGGAGAAGCUUAAGUGGCGCCAGUUCGCCGAGAAGUUCAACAAGUUGGACGACUAUUCGUAUGGGACCCUGAUGCGUGCCGAUGCCAGCAAGGAAUUCUCUCCGGACAACUCGAUCUUCGUGUUCCGGGUGCAGUUCCUCGCCAUCGAGAUUGCCCGGAAUCGUGAGGGACUCAACGAUGAAGUUCACAAGAAGCACAAGCCGGCCAGGAAGAUCCCAGAGGAGGCCCAGUAGUUCCUCGCCUUUGCUUAGGUUAAGUUGUAAAGACUAAAUGCAUUUUUAGUUGGUGUUCGUUUAGCUUCUACUAAAAAAUCAAAUUAUUUUUAUAAAAAUAAUACAAAUACAUGAUAAUAUAAAGAAAA